AUGCCCCGCCGGACGAAAGCUAGCUCAGUCGGGUCCCGCGGGGAGGCGGCGCGGCACGCCGAGGAGCUGCUGGCGGAGGUCGAGGCGGAGAAGCGCGCCAAGGGCAAGAAGGGCAAGAAGAAGAAGAAGAAGGGCGGCGGGAGUGGCAGCGCUGGGCCGUCGCAGGAGAAAGAGGCGCCGGCGGAGGCAGCCGCAGCCAAGCCCGCGCCGUUGGACAGGGAGGGGCUGCUCCGGCUUCUCGCGGAGCUCCACGAGGACAGGAUCCGGUUCGGCAUCACGGCGGAGACGUCGGUCGAGGGGGCCAGGGCGCGGGAGGCGGCCUAG